AUGUCUUUCGACACCGUCAGCCCAGCCAUAUUGGCAGCCGAGCGGACACUCGCCGGAUAUUUGGGAUUUGACAGCAUCGCCGAAGUACAUCGAUUCUCGGUCAUGUGGCCAUGCCUUGAGGCAUACCGAGCGAUCCUUCUCGUCCUCCCUCCUACAAAUGGGGGACUAUUCCCACCUUUCCGCGAAUCGGACUUUCAGGGCUCCGAAGAGUCAACUCAACCAGGUCCCAUCAUGAAUGUCCUCAUUCGCAUGAGAGAAGGGGUCCAGCUGUUCAUUAACAGCUCCCUCACCUACAACCGACAGCGGAACUCUGAAGCAGUCCGCCUCAUGCCGCCCGAAGUCUGGGUUCCAGACUUCGACGAGCAGGUUGAGAUGGCACUAUCUCCAUUAUUGCGCCCAGUGGGGUCCUAUAAUGAAGAUUGGAUGAUGCCAGUGCAUCGGUGUCUGUGCAUUCUCCAAUAUUUUCACCUCACGCACGGCUCGGAGGAGCGCCGCGAGGAAUGGUUACAGCUCCACGAAGCCAUUCCCGCCCACGAAUUUGAAGUUACCACGGCUGAUAUGCCUUGGUGGAUGUCCGGCAACGUCUAA